GACACACACCAGCCAAUAGGAUUGCACGAGUGUGGCACCAUCAGAGAUCAGAGGAAGAGCACUGAAACUCGUCAUGUAUCGCUUUAUCGCUUGUUUUGUUUCUAUUUAUCGAAUCAAGAUUUCAGGUUACUGAAGCUCGAUGUGUUCAGAAGCAGCUAAAGGGAAGAGAGGAGCACAUGACCGACUGCCAGAAGCUGAGAGAAAACUACUGUUUUGAACGAUGAAUUAUUUGAGGCAAUAAAGGACGAGGACUACAAACAUGUCAUCCAAAUCAUCCCUUCUUAAAGUCAUUCUCCUGGGCGACGGUGGAGUGGGAAAGAGCUCGCUCAUGAACCGUUACGUCACCAACAAGUUUGACGCCCAUCUCUUUCACACCAUCGGUGUGGAGUUCCUCAAUAAAGACCUGGAGGUUGACGGCCGUACGGUCACGUUGCAGAUCUGGGAUACGGCCGGCCAGGAGAGAUUCCGCAGCCUGCGGACGCCCUUCUACCGCGGCUCCGACUGCUGCCUGCUGACCUUCAGCGUGGACGACAGCCAGAGCUUCCACAACCUCAACAACUGGAAGAAAGAGUUCAUCUACUACGCCGACGUCAAGGAGCCCGACAGCUUCCCGUUCGUGGUUCUGGGCAACAAGUUGGACGUGACGGAGAGGCAGGUGACGAGUGAGGAAGCGCAGCAGUGGUGCAGGGAAAGCGGCGAAUACCCGUAUUUCGAGACGAGCGCUAAAGACGCGACUAAUGUUGCGGUUGCGUUUGAGGAAGCUGUCAGAAGAGUUCUGGCUUUGGAGGAACGACAUGACCAUUUGAUUCCAACAGACACCGUUAACCUGCAUAGGAAGCCUCGCAGCACGCCGUGCUGUUAACGGAGGAGAAUGACCUCCAUUAGCUAUUUAAUGGUCCUUGAGUGAAUCAGAUGAGCAUACAUACACUUACAGGGAUAUAUGCACUUACUCGUAAACACUGGGUUGCUUUCGUUGGGUGACGUUCUUGUAUCUAAACUGAACUGCCUGAAUUUAAACAAUUGUGUGCAUUCAGAUGUUUUUUACAUAAAAAUAUAUCUGUCUUAUGGGAUUUGAGCAGACAUAGACGGAUAUCAUUUUGUCUUGCAUGGAAGUCAAAUAGUGAAGAGCAAAUGCAAUAAAUGCACUGCAAAAACCAGUCUUGUUUUCCAUUAAAAAUACCUAAAAGUCCUUAAAACAAUAGGGGUUUACUUAAGAAGCACAGCUGUGUAAUUGCACUUUUUUUCACCUAACAUAUAUUGAAUUAAUUUUUCUUACCUCAUAGGCAAAUCAUGUUUCAUUUCAAGUAAAAAAAUCUUAUAUUUUUCUUAUUUUAGAAUGCAUUAUGUGAAAACACAUCUAUCACAUGUUGUUUUGCUUAAGUAAAUGCAUCUUGGAUGUUCAGAGAUUUUUAUUAGAAAACAAGACUUUUUCUUGCAGUGUGCAUUGUUUUUCUUUCCUUUAACUAUGAUUAACUUAUGCAGGACGGGCGUUCAUACACUGUGGCUGAUUUCUAAUAUAUUAACAUAAUUAUGUAGAGAGUGCCAAAUAUAUAUACAGUACUUGUACUAAAAAUAUGGGUGAGGUGAAACGUCUAAGCACUUACUUUGAAAAGAAGCACUAAAAUUUAAAUAUUGUACAUUGUUAAAUUGAAAUUAAAGUAUUGGAUAUUAACUGUA